CCGGCACGUUUCUUCAGCGCCGAAGAAGUAAGCUGUUUGGACCAAGUCUACGGAGUCCAUGCAGUGUCCGUCGUAGAUGUUAGCAGAUUGCUACAGCUUUGAGCGAAGGUUGUAACAUAAGAGGGAAGUGACAGCAUUGUACAGUAAGAUAUUAAGUGUUGUUUGUACUGAUGCUGGGACGUUGUUAAGCGCUUAGGUGAUAGCUCAGUGUGCCUCCGGUCUUCUCUCCGGCUGACCAAUGCUUCUGCAUCAGUUCAUGAACGGAGCUCUGGAAGCCAUGCACCCCACGUCGCUUCAGAAAGACACGACUUUCACCAAAAUCUUUGUCGGCGGGCUGCCGUACCACACGAACGAUGCCUCUCUGAGGAAAUACUUCGAGGCAUUUGGGGACAUAGACGAAGCUGUAGUGAUAACGGACAGACAGACCGGUAAAUCCAGAGGAUACGGCUUUGUGACAAUGACAGACCGAGGAGCAGCCGAGAGAGCCUGCAAGGAUCCCAACCCCAUCAUCGACGGCAGGAAGGCCAAUGUCAACCUGGCCUACCUCGGUGCCAAACCUCGCAGCAUACAGACAGGCAUUUCUAUCGGAGUGCAGCCCAUUCACCCAGCACUCAUCCAGAGGCAGUAUGGGUUGGCCCAGCCGUACGUCUACCCACAAGCCUUUGUGCAGCCCAGCCUGGUGCUGCCCACUCAGGUUUCCACUUCUGUCAGCACCAGCCCCUAUCUGGACUACAGCACAGCCUACACCCAGUAUGCUCAGGCAGCCUUUGAGCAGCAGUACCCAUAUGCCGCCUCCCCAGCUGGCUUCCUAGGCUACAGUUACGGCCCCGCCCCCCCCCCGCCUGCCCCGCCCCCAGCCCCUGUCCAUCCCCCCCUCCCCUCUGCUGCCGGCCCGGCCACAGCCUUCUUGCACUACGCCCCGCAACAGCACAUCCAGCCAGAUCGUAUGCAGUGAGCUGGGAAGGAAGCGGAGAAGAUGGAGUGGCUACGAUUGGAGGAGGGAGUUGGGGUUGAGGAUCAUUGAACAGAGCGUGGAGAAACGCCUUCCGGCGUGACCCUACCGUCGUCAGCGUGGGCUUUCAGGCAAAAUGGGGGGGGACUGUUGCACUAUAUGAUUAGAAUGAGCUGUUGGCUCAUUGGUUAAAUGGUAAAAGGGGUGGGGAGGGGUUCGAGGACUUUGAGGUUCAGGUUGGGAAGCUAAACGGCAUAAAGUAUGUGGAUGCUUCCAAGGGCUUCCAGAAGCUGACACUUCGUUUUUUAUUAUUAUUAUUAUUUUUAUUGUCCUAUAUUAUUGUAUUAAUGUCAUUGUCAAUGUUUGUCUGUAUACCAUUAAUGUUAUCAUGUCUUUGGCUCAAUCAAUGGAUGUUAUGUUUCCAUGGUACAUAUUGUUUGGAGAGUUGCCUGGGACAUGUAACACCUCUUUCCUCCCAGCUCCAGAGGAACUGGGGUGGAUAUGAAGGGCACUGCUGCUUUUGGAUGCUGGGGGUGCCGGGUGGUGACUGGGGAGGCUUGCAGACAGCCUCUCGGCCUAUCUGCGGUCCCAUCCUGGCGCUAUCCACAGUGAAGUAGAGCACAGCUCCUUGAACAAACCUCCAGUGUUCAGCUCCACACAGGAGGACAAGGAGAGAUUUCACCUAAAGGACAACACAAACUUUCAGUAUGACACUGAGGGAGCUCUAUUGUUUUGAGACUGUGAUGUCAGGACUACACUUUUUUUGUUUUAGAAUUCUUUUUAAUUAAAGAGGCCUUAAUAAAACAGACUUCUUUUUGAA